AUGGAACCCUUGCUUUGGUACAAUCGAGCUGUGGCCUGUUAUCAACGAGGAGACUUACCCACCGCUGCACAUUAUAUUGGUGAAGUCAUUGAAUAUGGAGCCGUAAAUUUUCCAGAACUAAAAAUGGGCCAUAAAACUGAAGACUCGAAAUCUGUCCAGAGCGUCGGAAAUUCUAGAAUGUUGCACAGAUCUGCAUUGAUUGAAACUCUGAAUUUAAAAGCCGUUGUGGAGUACGAUUUACAAAAGUUGAAAGCGGCAAGAGAUACGCUGAAAGACCUUCCACCCCGUUUAGACGAAGAGUUGGAUCCGAUUACUUUGCAUAACCAAGCAAUUCUCAACGUUCAACUGGAUUACAUCGAAAGUUUAAGAAAAUUACGAUUUUUAUUGGAACAGUCUUCGUUCCCACCAGAAACAUUUGUCAAUUUGUUGAUUCUCUACUGGCGUUAUGAACAGAUUGACCUAAUUGCGGAUAUAAUGGCUGCAUAUGGAGAGUACAAAAUGAAAUAUAUGAACCAUAAUAUGCGACGAUUGUUCGAGUCCCUCAUUAAACAAGAAGUUGCUCCAAAUGAGGCAUCCGAGGAAAUGGCAGAACAUUGCGUUGAAGUGGGCAAGACUUUGCUGGACAUGGUUAAAAGGGUUGCAAGUGUUAAAGUGUACGGAAACGAAGAUGAAAUACGGACAGUUUGCAAUGAAUUUGACGACUUGAUCGAUGGAACAUACAUGCCCAUGUUACUAACCCUGGGAAAAUUCUACUGGGAAAAGGACGAUUUGAAAAAGGUCGAGGAAAUUUUGAAACUUGGAGCAGAAUUUCUAAACGACCGAGACCCCUGGCUCGUAAACUGUGCUCAUGUCGUAUACCGCCGUGGAAAAGACUUUAAAGAAGCUGCAGGAUUGUAUGAGCUCGUCGUAAGAAAAUAUCAGCUAGAGGUUGAUUAA